GUUAUGAAAAACGUGUAGUUUGAGGUCACAGCUGUCGAAAAUAACUAACAACUCUUUACAUGCUCAAGCAGUAUUGAUAGUUUGAAAAUACACAUAAUACACAAAUGUCCUGCUAUUUAUUGUGAUUUUAAAUUAAUUCGAAGGUAACUGAGAUUUCAAUGAAUUUAUAUUAUUUUCGAUUUUUGAAUUAUGCGAAACAUUUUUGUUCUUUCUUUAUUUAAUGUCUUCAGAAAAUUUUGUCAACACUAAAUAACGAACAGAAAUCAUAAAAUCAUUUGAAAUAUUUCAAUUCCCAUAUAAUUCUACUUUACUUUGCUUUUCUAUUGAUAUUAAAGUAGUAGCUAUAAAUCUGACCACCCUGUACAAAAAGUCAUUGACCUCAAUCGUAAAAAGUCCAAACGAAUAAUUUAAGAAGAAAUUGUAACUAUAUUAAAAAUAAUUUCAAAACACUGCUUGGUUAUAGUUAUAAUAACAAUUUAAUAAAUAUCAAAAUAUGAAUAAUUCCAUCUCUAUUUUGAUUGUUUUAAAUAAUCAACUGCAUAAUUCCAAAACGAAGCUGAAGAAUAUUAGCAGAAUCAAUAAAUUCGCGCUUGACAACAGACAUCGUUCUUUCACACUAUGUACAGUUUAUGUAAUCUCAAAAUUUAAUUCUAUAUAACAAGUUGAUCAAAUAAAUAAAAACUUAAACUAAAUCUAUUGUGAAUAAUGGAAUUCCGAUCGAAGCAAAAUUAUAGAGUUAUGUGAAUGUAACUUAAAACUUCGUAUAAAAACCAAGAAUAAUGGAUAUAUAUAUCUAAAAGUAUAAAUGUGGUGAAAUUCGAAUACGUUCCAAGACAAUAAUAAUUGGUUGUGGAUUUACAACAUCUGUUAAUAAUUUAUCAACAUAAUAAUAAAACAUUGGUGCAAUGGGAUUAAACGACGAAAAAAAUAGAAUAAAUAUUGAUGAACCUAGAUACGACCAAAAUACUUAUAUAGGAAGAGCCAAACAUUUCUUUAUCACGACAAAUCCUCUAAAUGUAUUCGCUUCCAAUAAAAAACUAGAAGAAGCCAAAUGUAUAGUUGAGAAAUACAGGCGUAAAGAGCCGCUACCGGAUGAUUUAACAGAAGAUAAAUUAUGGAGAGCGAAAAAUUUAUACGAUUCAGCUUUUCAUCCAGAUACGGGUGAAAAAAUGUUCGUUUUGGGUAGGAUGUCGGCGCAGGUACCUUCCAACAUGGUAAUCACGGGAGGUAUGAUUACUUUUUAUAGGAGCACACCUGCCGUAGUAUUUUGGCAAUGGCUGAAUCAAUCUUUUAACGCAUUAGUCAAUUAUAGCAAUCGAAGCGGAGACAUCGUACAAACUGAUCAACAACUAAUAACCUCAUAUUUAUGCGCUACGGGAGGUGCAGUGGGGACGGCAUUGGGUUUAAAUAGUUUAACAAAGUCAAUGCCGUCUAUAAUAGGACGAAUGGUUCCAUUUGCGGCUGUAGCAGCUGCGAACUGCAUUAAUAUUCCUAUGAUGAGAGCACAGGAACUUAAGCAAGGAACCCCAGUGUACGAUGAACAAAAUAACAAAUUAGGGUAUUCUAGGGCAGCAGCUACGAGUGGUAUAGCUCAAGUAGUAUUUAGUCGAAUUUGCAUGGCGUUACCGGGGAUGGUGUUCACUCCAAUAGUUAUGAACUCUCUAGAACGAAAAGGAUUUCUUCGGCGAUAUCCUUGGAUGAAUUUACCUAUUUCCGUUGGAUUUUUAGGUCUUUGUUUGACUUUUGCGACCCCAUUAGCCUGCGCAUUUUUCAAACAGAAGGCUUCGAUUGCAUUUACGAGUUUGGAGACUGAAUUACAGGAAGAGAUUAAAUCGAAAUAUAAAGAUGUUCCCACUUACGUGUUCUACAAUAAAGGAUUGUAAUUUGAUGACAAUAAAUAAAAUCUUGAAUUACAUUUUAUUUUAUUGAAAGAUGUGUUAGAAAAUUAUAGAUGUCUUUGAAAAGUUAUCCAAUC